CGCGGCCCGACCUCUCGGGCCUCUCCCGGCGUGAAGACGACGUCAUGACCCGCCCGCGCCUGGAAGGCCAGGGCGGGCUCUAUGGGCGCGCCUAUCUCCUCCAAUAAGGGGCUUGCGCGGACUCUUCAGUUAUUCGCUGGGUGCGCGGGGAAAGAGCAGUUGCACCGCUGGCAUUCCAGAAGCAGGUUGCCUGCAGACAUGGUCCUCACGAUCAACUGCAUCGUCGCUGUGGCCCAGAACAUGGGCAUAGGGAAGAACGGGGAGCUGCCCUGGCCCCCGCUCAGGAAUGAAUUCAAGUACUUCCAGAAAAUGACAACAACUCCUUCAGUAGAAGGUAAACAGAAUCUGUUGAUAAUGGGGAAAAAGACCUGGUUCUCUAUUCCUGAGAAGAAUCGACCUUUAAAAAACAGGAUUAAUUUAGUUCUCAGCAGAGAACUAAAGGAACCUCCUCCUGGAGCUCAUUAUCUUGCCAACAGUCUGGAUGAUGCAUUUGACCUUCUGCAACUUCCAGAACUAGCAAAUAAGGUGGACAUGAUUUGGAUAGUUGGAGGCAGCUCUGUUUAUAAGGAAGCGAUGAAGAAACCUGGUCAUCAGCGUCUGUUUGUGACAAGAAUUUUGCAAGAAUUUGAGUGUGACACGUUUUUUCCAGAAAUUGAUCUAAGGAAAUAUAAACUUCUCCCAGAAUAUCCAGGUGUUCUUACUGAUGUCCAGGAAGAAAACGGCAUUCAGUAUAAAUUUGAAGUAUAUGAAAAACAUGAUUAAUGUGAAAGGUUUGAAGGCUGCUGCUUCCAACUAAUUUUUCCUCUAAAAAUUAAGUUUGCAUGAUGUUAGAAUAAAAACUAUUAUUAGAAA